AUAUAUUUUAGUCGCCAUAGAAAAACAAAGUAUAUAGAUUAUGUGGGUGGAUUCCAUGUGUGUUUAUAGAGUGUAGAUUAUUAUUCUAAUUAUAAAAUUAAGAAAAGUAUAUAAAAAUAAUUUUUAACAAUAGAAAUUUAUACGAAUUUUAAAAAGUCAUUUGUAACUUUUUAUAUUUAUCAAAUUAUAUAUACAAAAGCGCUUAAAGUUAAUUAAACAUGAGAUGUUAUCAACUGAUUUUAAUCGUUUUAGACGUAUGUUUAAUAUAUAGCUUUAAUUUAGAACCAAGAAUACCUGUUAUUAAAAAAGGAUUAAAUGGUUCUUAUUUCGGUUAUUCUGUAGCCGAACAUCAAGAAAUUUCUCACGAUGGUAUAGAAAAACCGAAAAGCUGGAUGUUAAUUGGAGCUCCUUUAGAUGAAAACAGACAACCUAAAACUAAUAAAUCUGGUGCAUUAUGGCAAUGUCCUAUGACAACAUAUAAAACAGAUUGCAUUCAAGUGAUUACAGAUGGACGAUUAACAGAAGGGAGUCUAUAUGACACAAAUGUUGAAUCUGAUGACUUAAUACCACCAGGUAAUGACGAAAUUAAAAAUAACCAGUGGUUGGGAGUAACAGUACGUAGUCAAGGCAUUGGUGGCAAAGUAAUGGUUUGUGCUCAUAGACAUAUUGUAAGAACAGCAGAUUCUCAAUGGGGUCAAGGACAAUGUUAUAUAUUGACACAAGAUCUAAAAUAUCAAGAUUUAAAAAAACCUUGUUCUGGAAAACCUACAAACAAAGCACAUGAACAGUUUGGAUAUUGUCAAGCAGGAACUAGUGGUGUACUUACUUCAGAGGAUCGUGUUGUUAUUGGUACUCCUGGUCCACAUACUUGGAGAGGAACUUUAUAUCUUUUUACAAUUUCAGAUGAUUUUUUAAAUAGAGAUAAUACAGUUUAUAAUGCUCCAAUGCAAGAUUCUUCUCCUGUUAGUAAAUAUAGUUAUUUAGGAAUGUCUGUUACUGUGGGUAAUUUCUUUGGUACUGGAUUAGCUUAUGCUGCUGGAGCCCCACGUUCAAACGGUACAGGUCAAGUUAUUUUACUUACACGACGCGAUAAUAAGCCAGAUAUGGAUGUUGCUUUUAUAUUGGAUGGUGAACAAUUUGCUUCAAGUUUUGGAUACGAAAUUACUUCUGCAGAUGUUAAUGGAGACAAAAUUAGCGAUCUUAUUAUAGCUGCCCCAUUUUAUUUUAAUAAAGCAGAGGGAGGUGCAGUAUAUGUCUAUACUACAUUACAAAAAGCUUACAAAGAAUAUGAAAAGAGUAAAUCUAUUAAACUUGUUGGACGUGAAGAAUCAAGAUUUGGAUUUGCUUUAACAAAUUUGGGGGAUUUAAAUAAGGAUGGAUAUGAAGAUAUUGCUAUUGGAGCACCAUAUGAAAAAAAAGGAACAGUUUAUAUAUAUCUUGGUUCAAAAAAUGGAAUAAUCACAGUACCAUCACAGAUUAUUCAUGCAGAAGAUAUGCCAGAACCAUUACAAACAUUUGGUUAUUCAUUAAGUGGUGGGAUUGAUAUGGAUCAAAAUGGAUAUUCUGAUUUAUUAGUAGGAGCCUAUGAAAAUGAUGCUGUAGCACUUCUUCGUUCGAAAAAAAUAAUUGAUAUUACUACUUAUAUUCGUUAUUUAAAAAAAGAUGGUACAUUUCAAGAAAAAAUAGAACCCAUAGAUCCUAAUAAAUUUGGAUGUUUAGCAGAUCCUUAUUCAAACCAUACAUGUUUUUCAUUUGAAGCUUGUUGCAAAACAGAAUCUUUAGUAAAAGAAGAAGAUAUGCAAAAUUUAAAAUUAAAUUAUUAUAUUGAAGCAGAAACUUAUACUGGAAUUAAAAAAUUUUCUAGAAUUUGGUUUGGAGCUGGAUAUUCUCGACUACAUUAUGUAAAUCGUACUGUCAAUUUAGAUAGAAAGUUUGAACAUUGUCAAAAAGAAAUUAUUUACUUAAAGGAAAAUACACGUGAUAUUCAAUCACCUAUUAAAUUUCGCUUAAAUUAUUCAUUAAUUCAAGAAGAACCAGUUAUGCCAUCUGAAGGAGAACCUUUACCUGAUAUAAAAAAUUAUCCUAUAUUAAAUCAACAGGAAGCUGCUCGUGUAUUUGAAGCAACCUUUCAAAAAGAUUGUGGUAAUAAUGAUAUUUGCGAAAGUGAUUUACAAGUAAAAGCUCGAUUAAAUUUAUCAGCUUCUUCUGUAAAACCAAAUUUCUAUGAACUUCUUUUGGGAGAAAAAGAAGAAGUUGUAGUGGAUGUAAACAUAUCCAACAUCGGGGAAUCUGCAUAUGAAGCUCAAUUAUUCAUUCUUCAUUCACAAAGUUUAAAUUAUAUUGCUAGUAAAAGUAAUGAUUCUGUAAUUUGUAAUUUAUAUAAUACAAGUACAGUAAGUUGCUCUAUCGGAAAUCCUUUUAAAAAAGACAAACUAGUAAAUAUACAAGUAAGAUUUGAUCCUAAAGAAUUAGAAGAUAGUAAAUCACAAUUAGAAUUUGUAAUAUUUGCGAAUUCCACUUCAAAAGAAAUAAAAGAAAAAGAACCUAUAAGAUUACAAGCAACAAUAUUGAAACAAGCAGAAUUAUCAAUUAAAGGAAGCGCAAAAAUUCAGUGGGCUGUAUAUGGUGGACCAAUUAUAGGUGAAUCUGCUAUUAAACAUUUAAAUGAAGUAGGACCUAAAGUAUCACAUGUGUAUGAAGUAUUUAAUGAAGGUCCAUGGAGAGUAAGUAGUUUAGAAGUUCGCAUUUCAUGGCCUUAUGAAGUUGCAAAUGAUAAAGCACAUGGUAAAUGGCUUUUAUAUUUAGAAGAAAUACCAAUUGUUCAAGCUUCAGGUGAUGGUGAAUGUAUAUUACCACCAGGACAGAUAGUUAAUCCUUUAAAAUUACAAGACAGUAUUAGUUAUGAUGAUAUAGAUGUAUUUCAAUCUGCAAUAUCUACUUCACUUACAUUACCACAUAAUCAUACAAUUCGUAUGAGAAAUAAGCGAGAUACAGAAAAAGUUGUUAAUACACGAACUAUUAUUGAUAAGGAUGGUCAUAGACAUCAAGUAGUUUCCAUGAAUUGUAAAGCAGGAACGGCAAAAUGUUUUGAUAUUACAUGCUUUAUAUACAAUUUGCAAAGAAAACAAGAAGCAAUUAUAACUGUUAAAGCAAGACUAUGGAAUUCUACUCUUGUAGAAGAUUAUCCAAAAGUAGAUAAAGUAAAAAUUGGUUCUAAUGCAAGAAUAAUUAUUCCUCCAAAUGUCAUAAUACAACAAGAAAAUUUAAAAGAUGAUUAUGCAAUUGCUGAGACAAUUGUAUAUCCAGAUAUUCUUGAUCAUCAAGAUGUCGAACCAGUACCAAUAUGGAUAAUUAUAGUAGCUGUUGUAGCAGGUUUAUUAUUAUUUAUUUUACUUACUUUAGUUCUUCGAAAACUUGGAUUCUUUAAAAGACGUCGACCUGAUCCAACUUUAUCAGGAAAUCUUGAAAAACAUAAAGAUGAUAAUCCAGAAAGUGAAGCAUUAUUUAAACGCCAAAUAUUAUAACAAAAAUAUUACAUUUUUUUAUGAGUUAUUAUUUACUUACGUUUAAAGUACUUAUAACAACGAAAAUCUAUAAAAAAUUUAUUCUUCAAAAAUGAAGAAAAUAGAUAGAAUAAAGUUUGAAUAUUUGAU